AUAUCUGCAACCACAGGGUGCUACAGAAUUGCAUCUGUUCCAGAAGCAGAAUCUGAACCACUUGCAACUCAUACUAUUAAAGUAUGGAUAUGGACACAAGAAACUGGACACAAGCAACAAUAGGUUAUGAACAAAAUUGCUUUAUGAUCACCAGCAAUUAAUGCCUGCAGGCUCCCUUCGUAAAAAGAAGCUGGCAAAAAGACCUGGAUACAUGAGGCCAGAAGCUCAGCAACAGAUAGAGUUUCAGUCCCUUGGUGCCUGCAAACCAUCCAGACCAGGAGAGCUCCAACAUGGAAGGCAAGAUUGUGGAGACUUUGAGAACUGCGCUCUAUGCAGACAAUGCCAAAAUAACUUCGAACUCCUGCGCUGUAGUGCAGUUAGUAGCACUGUAGUUCCUGCUGAUGGGGUAACAACAUUGGCUACUACUGGAAAUAUGCCAGGAUGCUGCAAAAAUAUAUUGUAUUGCAAGAGUCCACUGUCAGAAAACACAGUGACAGCAGCUUACCCUGCUGCUGCAACAAGCAACGGAGAUGUUUCUGCUGUAUGCUGUACAUGGCAGAAAAGCCACAGUGCUAAAGUGAGCAAGCCCCCAAAUAUGUAUGCUUUGGAUCAGACAGAAGUGAAUAACAACUGUGAAUAUCAAAACAGAGAUGAUAUUUCUCAUUCUGCUGUUGCACACAAUAGUUUAGAUAGUUUUAGUUCAAGUUUCAGCUUCAUACAGCUCUCCCUGAACUCGGCCUCUGGAGUAAAUGAUGUUGAAGGCAAAUCAACUGUUGAGGAAACUGAGAUUGUUCUGCAUCCCAAAACCACAGGAAGUCUGCAGAAGCCAGAAGGGAUGUCACAAACUCAUGAGAACUUGGGAGAUUCAUGUUGCUUCUCCAGGUCCAGUGAGGAUUUGGAGCAUGAACAUGAGAGCCCUGUGAAUGAUGAAUUCCAGGACUGUGAGGCUCUCUCUCUCUCAGAUAUAGAUGCAACAUUUUCAUAUUCUACAGAUUCCUUGGAUGCAGCAUCUGCUGGCUCUUCUGUCACCUCAGGCUAUGAAAGUAGCUUUACUGUUAGUGACCGUAACUGGGAUAUUUUGAUGAAAAAAUAUGAACCAGUGCUGCAGGAUUGCUUGCUUGGCAACCGCAGUACACUAAAGAUAAAAUCCUUGAUCUUACGGCUUCAGAGGCUUCAGGAAAAAGCAAUAGAGGAAGAUGACUACGAUAGAGCUGAUAAAUUUAGACGGAAACUGGAAGAACUGGAAAAAGAGAAAAAAUCUUUAAAAUUUCAACUUCCUUCAAGGCAUCCUUCAGUCAGCAAUUUUUUGGAUAGAUUCACUACCCAAGUUCAGGCAGCAUUGCGCUGGGCUACUGAUCAUCGGGUUAGACAUGAAGAAAAUGAUCUUUGUCAUGAACAAGAACAUAAACUUUUGAGAUCAACUUUCCAGGAGAGGAUGCAGGUUUCGGCCACAAAACGAAGCCAGCUUUUUCAAGAAAAGAAAUGGUUACAGAAAGAAAUUGAAGACCUCCGAACAAGACUGGCCAUAUUAGAAGCAAAAGAUCAACAGCUAAGAAGAGAAAUUGAAGAACAAGAUAGACUUAUUCAGUCACAGGACUGUGAACUGGCUGCUUUACUUGGCUGCGUUUCUUUGAGAGAACUGCAGGAAAUAAGCAAGGCUGUGGAUGACACUUUAGCAGCCUCCUAUCAAAUUCCAUUCAGUCUAGAUCUUCCAGGAACAAUAAAGAGCCUUGAUAAUAGGAUUAAGAAUAGCAAUGAGUCAAAACUAUGGAUUUCUUCCAAGGUUUGCACGAGUCAGAAACUCUGCAGUACUUUGAGGAGGAAAGUGAGUGAUAUUGAGACUCAGCUACCAGCUCUACUUGAAGCCAAAAUGCUGGCUGUUUCAGGAAGUAAUUUUGGCACUGCGAAGGAUCUUGCAGAAGAAAUAAGGUCAUUAGCAUCUGAGAAGGAGGGACUGGAAGGACUACUCAAUGAACUGUUGGUUCUGAGUGGCAAAAAUGUCCGAAAGUUAGAGAGAAUUAAAGAUGAUUACACCAGACUGAAGCAAGAACUUGAGCAAGGAGAGACUGCCUUUGUGACCAGUGUAAAAGAAAAUGCUGAGAAGUACAUGGAGAUUCUAGAGGAUAAACUACAUAGCUGUGGGAGCCAGCUGCUCCAAAGAGUGUGGGAAGCUGACUUGGAGGCAUGUCAGCUGUUCAUCCAAGGGUUUCAGCUGAAAGAAACCAGUUGCUGCGUUUUUGAGGAAGAAGAGAACCAACUGGAGGAGAUGGAGAUGACUGCUGAUGGCCCACCUGACUCUGAAAAAAGAAAAGAAGGUCACUUUCUGAAGGGCACAGAGUGGGUUACUGUUUCCUGCCACAAACACAGUGAGCUGAAAGAGGUUAUGGAAGACAUUUCAUUUGGAACAGAAGGUCAUUUGUCUGAGGAGUUCUUCAUAUUUUCUGCAGAGUUAGGAGAAAAAUGUGAAGCAAUAAGUGAGAAAUUGGUGCAUCUGGAAGAUCAAUUGCAAAGUUCCACCUGCAGAGUUGAUGAAGGACUUGCACAGUCUCUGCAGAGGGAGAUCCAGGUAGUGAAGGAGACACUCCAGACCAUGCUAGUGCAACUUCAGUCACCCAAGGAGGCAGGAGAAGAAAAGGCUGGAACUUCCUCUGUGACAGCUGGUGUCCAGGAAAACAAGACUUGAAGGAAUAAUGAGCAGAAAGAGCUGGUAGGAUAACAUUAAUUCACAAAGGGCUGCUUUUAGUAACUGAAUACUGUUUUACUAAGCCUCAGGGAUCUCUUCUCUCCCCUGCAUAACUAAUAACUAAAUCAAUUAUGGAGAAAUAGAGCCUGAAGGUCUAUCAUCAGAAGUAUGCUAGGCA